GGGUGGGCCGCGUUGAGAGCUGCCGGCGGCCGCGGUGGAUGGGGCGCCCAUGAGCUUCGGGGCAGAGCCGCCCGGCCAGGCCCGGGAGCCCCUGGGCAUGGCCGCAUACUGCGACGGCUCGGGCGUCUGCCCGGCCCCGCACAGCCAGGCCCGGGCAGCCUCGCACCCCGCGGGCUACGGGCGCGGCGACCUAGACGCGACGGGCGGCGGCCCGCGCCUGUGGUUGGACGCGCCGGGCCUCAGCCCCGCGCCCUUUGCGCCCGGCCUUGGACCUGCGUCCCCCUACGCGCCCCCGGGCUACGCGGCCCCCGGCCCGCUCCUGGGCGCCGCGGGCGGCCUGGCGGGUGCCGACCUAGCUUGGCUGAGCCUCUCGGGGCAGCAGGAGCUGCUGAGGCUCGUGCGCCCUCCCUACUCAUACUCCGCGCUCAUCGCCAUGGCCAUCCAGAGCGCGCCGCUGCGGAAGCUGACGCUCAGCCAGAUCUACCAGUACGUGGCCGGCAACUUCCCCUUCUACAAGCGCAGCAAGGCGGGCUGGCAGAACUCCAUCCGCCACAACCUGUCGCUCAACGACUGCUUCAAGAAGGUGCCCCGCGACGAGAACGACCCAGGCAAAGGCAAUUACUGGACCCUGGACCCAAACUGUGAGAAGAUGUUCGACAACGGGAACUUCCGAAGGAGGCGGAAGAGGAGAGGGGAGGCGGGCGCAGCCGCACUCCCGGGAGCGGGGAGCCCCGACGGAGCCCCGGCGCCCGAGCCGGACGCCCUGGGCACGGGGUCCCCGGACCUGCAGGCCGCGCCGUCCCCGCCCGCGCCCGAGGCCGCCGCCUGCUUCUCCAGCUUCGCCUCAGCCAUGGGCGCCCUGGCUGGCGGCCUCGGCGCCUUCCCCGGGGGGCUGGCGGGGGACUUUUCCUUCGGGAGGCCGGCGGCCGUGGCUGCCACCGGCCACCCGCCCCCCAGCCCUUCGCCCAGCUUCCCCGCUGGUCAUCAGACUGCGGCCGCUGGCUUCCGCGUGGGUCACUUCGUGUACAGCCGGGAAGGGACCGAAGUUUGAGGGGAGCCCGCGGAUCGCCCCAAGGGCCCUCCCCAGAGGUGCUGAGCGGAAGGAAGCGCCAGUCCUCCCCUGAUGAAGGCCCCACAGGUCAGGGCCGCUGGGAGGGACCAGGGCCCGCAGAGCCCAGCGGGGACUGAGCUGGGGCAGCCCGGCACCCGCCUGCCCCUCACCCAGGAGACCUGUCGGUGGGGCAGGGGGGCUCUCCCUGCUGACUGCUCCGGCCUUUCCUUUUCGGUUCUCUGGCCUGAGAUCCAGGCUCUCCCCGGGUGGGGGUGGGGGUCUGCCUUAAAGGGACCAGAGCUGGCUCUCAGCCCCAGCUUUUUGAGGGAGCUGGGGGACCCCAAAGAGCUUUCUUCUUCAUGCUGGUGGGGGUCAGCUGGGACCCCGUGUGCAGAGAUUCCCGCCUCCGGCCCUGCCUGGCACACACUCUCCUUGCUUCUUCCCUCCUGGCCGCCCUUCCCUCCCCACUCUCCAGGGACACCUGGGUCAUGUUUCAGACGGACUUUCCAACAGUUGGAACUGCCCACAGGGGUGGGGAGGGAGAAGGGCUGCCAGGUGGUCAGCGGACCCUAGGGACCCCAGCCCCCUUCCCUGUCACUCAGCCCCCAUUUCACUGCCCCUGCCCCUCAGGUGCCUCCGGGGACCCGGAGUCCCAGGAUGGGCUCCCCUUUGCCCCACCCCCCGCCCCUCCUGCGUUCACACGUGCUCAGGGGAGGCGGCCCAAGGCCACCCUGGUGUCCCUCUCUCCUUUCGGCCCUUCACCUGGACAGAGCCGGCCCCUGCAACAGAGCUGGGCAGCGGCCUCCUGUGUGAAUGUAAGCCUUCUCCUCCCCAGUUUGUUUUUACCAGAAGUUGCUCUUUGGAGCCGUUAGGAGGUGGCAUUUUGUUUGCCCUUGGUGUCCCCCGAGUCUCUCUCUGGCAGCUGCCCCCCACCACACACUCCGGCCACCCCUGUGCUUCUGGUUCCUGCAGGAGCUCGGGCCCUGGGCAGGCAUGUGCCCCUUGCCCGCGCCGGAGAGGGGGGCUUGCUCCAGAAGGGACCAGGGAGGAGACACUGCGGACCUGGGGGAGGGCAGCAGGUGCGGGGGCCUGAGCUGAUGGGCCGCGGUGUGUGAGUGUGUGUGUGAGUGUGUGUGAGUGUGUGAGAGAGAGAGCGAGUGAGACCCGGCCAGGGGCAGGGGCAAGGGCGAGGGAAGGUGAGGCUUGCACAGAACGAGGCAAGCGCUGGGGCGAGUCUGGCCCCGGGCCCCGCCUCCCUGAGUCCCUGGGGCUCCCGGAGAGUCGCUGACCCCCCCACCUCUCGUCCUGCUGCUGCCCGUUCCGUCGGUGGUCACGGGUCUCCCCGCCAAACUCACAGCCGACCCCAGAUCCCUCUGGGGGGAACGCUCCCCAAAGGUAGUGUGAUUGAUGCAGGCCAGGGAAAGAAAAGAAAGUCUCUACCUUCCAGACGAGAGAAUUUCACUUGGAACCUAUUUGAAUAAACCGAAGUGCCAGAAAGAAACACCGGUGCCCGCGGCUUGGACGUGCCCACCGUUGCGUACGUCACAGAACCCACCGCCG